GCAGGUCCCAGGCGCGGAUGGCAUCGGCGGCGUGGUCGGUAGUGCAGUAAGCUGGUCGGGGCAUCCACGGCGCAGUCAGCGGCUUCCCAGCUGCUCACAGUGUCAGCGCCGUCGGCGGUGCGGUCAGCUCGUCGGGUGCGUCAGUGGUGUUGGUGGCGCGAUCUGCGCCUGUGGCGUCCAGAGGGUCUGUGGCGUUGGCAGCGUGGUCGGCGCGUCAGUGAUGUCAGCGGCGACACGACAGCGUCUACAGUGCGUCGGCAGGUCCCAGGCGCCGAUGGCAUCGGCGGCGCGGUCGGCGGUGCAGUAAGCUGGUCGGGGACAUCCAAGGCUCGGUCAGCGGUUCGGCGGCGGCGUCCCAGGCACUGACGGUGUCCGCGGGGUCUGCGGCGUCCGCGGCACGGUCGGCGCGUCGGGGGCGUACACGCCGCGGUCUGCGUCGUGGGUCUCUGCAGCGCGAGACGUCCGCGGCGCAGUGGGCCCCUCUGCGGCGUGAAGGCAACUUCCGAGCAUAUGAAGGCCAAUCAUGUUCAGACCUAGGCGGAGGUUCCUGCUGACCCUGGCUCUCACCAGCACAUUGUUCUUUACUGUCUGGAGCUUCAGUGCUGUGUGCUCUGGGCCUCCAUGCUGGGGCACCACCGACUCUGGCUGUCCAGGGCUUCCAGUGGACUCUCCGAGGCACUGAUGUAGAAUUCAGUGCACCAAGAGCAGCCUCCCAUGGUGUGGGCUUACAUGAAGAGCUGUCAGAUUCAACAGAAAUUGUAUUUGUAACAUUGAAGAGACACUUCUCACCUUCCUGAAAUGCCCUUCGUUAUCUUCUUCAAGUUGCAAGGGCUCUGGAACAGCCCUUGCAGUGCUUCCACAAAAGACAUCACUGCCAACUUCAGGGAAGUGGGAACACAGCUGCCUGCUUUAGGGUAUGGGUUACUUUUGUGCCUGGAAUGUGUCUGAUGUACUGCUUUCUGUACCCAUUUCGGGAAGCCUUGGGAGGAGCCUGAAUCACUGAUGGAAUUGGACAGUGCGUGGAGAUGGUUGAGCAGGAUGAGGUCCUUGGUUCUACCUGUGAUGCCCGAAAUGUCAGCAUGAUGGCAUCGGGUGGGAUGUGUUCCAGGAAGACCACAGAGGCAAACUUUCCAGAUAUCAUCGAGAAUUCCUACUCCCAGCAGGAAGAGACCAAACCAAAUAUCGGAGCCAGCAAAAAUAGACUUCUUCUGAGUCAGGUGGCUUACUUCCUGAACUACCAGCUGAAAACAUACAGAGAUCGAAAAGAUCACGAAGAACAGAAAGGCAGAGAUAGCAAAAAUAAACUUCUUAUGAGUCAAAUGGCCUACUACCUGGGCUGCUGGCUGAAGACGGAAGUCCCUGGCUAUCUGUGUUCUGCCCAAAACGUCACCACAGUGGCAUCUGGCAGGGCUCCUUCCAGAAAAAACACAGAAGUGAACAUUCCAGAAGACAUUGAGAAAUUCUGCUCCCAGCAGGAAGAAAUCAAAGCAAAUUUCAGAGCUGGCAAAAAUAGACUUCUUCUGAGUCAGGUGGCCUACUUCCUGAACUACCAGCUGAAGACCUACAGAGAUCGAAAAGAUCACGAUGAAGAACAGAAAUGCAGAGACAGCAAAAAUAAACUUCUAACAAGUCAAGUGGCCUACUACCUGGGCUGCCGGCUGAAGCCGGAAGUCCCUGGCUAUCUGUGUUCUGCCCCAAACAUCAGCACUGUGGCAUCUGGCAAGCCUCCUUCCAGAGAAAACACAGAGGUGAACAUUCCAGAAGGCAUUGAGAAAUCCUUCCAACAGGAAGAAAACAAACUGACUUUCAGAGCCAGCAAAAAUAGACUUCUUCUGAGUCAGGUGGCCUACUUCCUGAACUACCAGCUGAAGACCUACAGAGAUCAAAAAGAUCGCGAUAAAGAACAGAAAUGCAGAGACAGCAAAAAUAAACUUCUUAUGAGUCAAGUGGCCUACUACCUGGGCUGCCAGCUGAAGACGGAAGUCCCUGGCUAUCUGUGUUCUGCCCCAAACGUCAUCAUGGUGGCAUCAGGCAAGCCUCCUUCCAGAGAAAACACAGAGGUGAACGUUGCAGAAGGCAUUGAGAUAUCCUGCUCCCGGCAGGAAGAAAACAAAUCGAUUUUCAUAGCCAGCAAAAAUAGACUUCUUCUGAGUCAUGUGGCCUACUUCCUGAACUACCAGCUGAAGACCUACAGAGAUCGAAUAGAUCACGAUGAAGAAGAGAAAGGCCGAGACAGCAAAAAUAAACUUCUUAUGAGUCAAGUGGCCUUCUACCUGGGCUGCCGGCUGAAGAUGGAAGUCCCUGGCUUUCUGUGUUCUGCCCAAAACAUCAGCAAGGUGGCAUCUGGCAGGCCUCCUUCCAGAAGAAACGCUGAGUUGAACAUUCCAGAAGGCAUUGAGAAAUCUUGGUCCCAGCAGGAAAAUAAACCGAAUAUCAGAGGCAGCAAAAAUAGACUUCUUAUGAGUCAGGUGGACUACUCCCUGAACUAUCGGCUGAAGACAUGCAAAGAUCGGAGACGUCACGAGGAGGAACAGAAAUACAGAGACAGCAAAAAUAAACUUCUUAUGAGUCAAGACUACCCAGGCUGCAGGCUGAAGAUGGAGAAAAACGACAAAGAUGAGGAUGAAGAUGUUCAUGUCACGGAGGCUGAGAACAUCCAGGAAUCACGUGCCUCCAGGAAUCUGCAGGAGUCUGUGGAGGAGGAAGCCCCCGAGGAGUCCUGGGAUGAAGAUGAUUCGACUCUCUCAAUUCCUCCUGGCACAUUUGCCUUCAAUGAGCCUAACAGGACCAACUUGCACUCAUUAGAGGAACAGCAGGUCAACUUGGCUCAUGAUGUAGAUAAGAUUAAAAAGGACCAAGAAGAGGAAGAAGACCAAGGCCCACUGUGCCCCAGGCUCAGCAUGGAGCUGGUGGAAGCAGAAGAGCCUGAAGUCUUCUGGUACUCACUGGAUAUAUUGUAUUCAACAUAUACAGCUCAUCUUGAGUUUUAUUACACAUGCCAGGCUUACACAUAUGCCAUUUUUUAUAUGCAGAAGAGCAUGUUCGCUUGACUUUGGACAUGGACAGUAGAUUUCUUACUCUGACGGUGAUAGGACUCCACCUGAUCUCCCAGGUAGGGGUCAUAUUCCCACACUAAGACAACGUGUCACAUGGGACUCUGCCGGUGCAGAGUGUGAGCAAUGCCAUGUUCUUGCUGAAAAUGCUUAGCCUGAGGUAAUCUCCAGACAACUUCCAAUGUAGAACAGUGAGCGGCACAACUGACCUGUCUCCUUCAGACAGCCCAGGUCACCACAAAUCACACAACUGAAAGGAGAAGAGAUGCUUUGGGUUGAAAAAGAGUAAAAAGAGAAUGUAGCUACAUUUCUUUAGUUCUUUUGAACCCAAAGUGUCUCCUCACCUUUUUGUUGUUGUCAUUGAUGGUGGGGAAAUGGGCUUGUUUGUAGAGGAUAGGUCAGCUCUCCGGCUCAAUGGUCUGUACUCUGAAGUUGUCUGAAAAUGUCCUCAUGCUUAAAUUCAGCCUAAGUGUUUUUCCGGGAACACUGCAGUGUCAUUGCUACAUCACCCAUCUGCAGGUAGAGAAGGUUCCAUGUGUCUACCACCAUGAUCGUGAUACCAGCACUGUUCCACCAUUUGUCUAUCACCAUGAUCGUGAUGCCAGAUCUGUACCUUUCAGAGACACCUUAUUUAUGCGGAUAUAUAUAUUCAGAGACACCUUAAUUAUACGGAUAUAUAUAUUCAGAGAUACCUUAUUUAUACAGAUAUAUAUAUAUAUAUAUAUAUAUAUAUAUAUAUAUGGAAGUAAUUGGAAAAAUGGUUUUUAAAAGUAUUAAUAUCCUGUAUUCAAAUGAUCAUCCCUCAACAUUUUAUUAUUCAUUAAUCAUCCCUGGCUGUGUCAAUUAUUGUAUUUGCAUCUCUACACUGGAAAUUUUAUAUUUUUACUGUAUCUUUGCUUUUGCUGGUUUCUGUUGUUGAACCAAAAAAAAUUCCCUGCCUGCAUUUCAAUUUUUGCCAAAGUUAAUUUUAAUCUAUACAAUGAAAAUUUUUUUCUUUAAGAUAAGACUGUCAGUGCAUAAGGCCACAGCAAAACAGAGCCUUUGUUUGCUAAUUUUUAAGCCUUUGUUAAUUUCUGGCUGACGAGAGAGGUAGUUUAUUUAAUUAGCUGCUAAUAUCUAUUCAAGUGAGCAGCCAGAUAAAUGUCUAUCAGACUAAGGAUGUGCAAAGCCCAGGUCAUUUUCUUUGAGUCUUUUAAACUAUUUCAGAAGAGAAGGGAAUAGGCAGAUUCCUUUAGAGAAUACACUAAAAGACACAACCGUUUUUCAGAACAGAAUAGAAAAUCCAUUAAAAUGCACGAAAUAUUUUCUCAUGAAAUGUAAUCUCUCUAAACUUAGCCAUUAUAUGAAAGUCAAUUCUUAAUAUACCACACUACAUUGACUGUUGACGUUCAUAAGAAUUCAUUUUCAUGUUUGUUAUUUGAAAAAGCAAAAGGACUGUAAUCCUUUCUUUUCUUUGCCAUGAUCAUUUUAAGAUUGACGAUUUUUUUUUCAAAAUAAAAUUAAAGAUUUUAAAGAUUGAAAAUUGACAUUAAAAUUUAUCUUCUCAAAGCAA